AUGAAUCCAAUUCCUAUUACUGUACUCGCAGAACCUUUAAAUGAUACCAUGAUUGCCGUUGAGUGGCAUGGUAGUAAUGACAUACGCAUCAAUACAAAACGUCAAAAACCUGUCCUCAUUCAACCAACCGACGCCAUUGUUCGUAUAACCGGAACUACUAUAUGUGGAUCCGAUUUACAUUUGUAUCAUAAUGAAAUCCCUGGGAUGAAGAAAGCUGAUAUCGUGGGUCAUGAAGGAAUGGGCAUCGUUGUUGGUGAAAAGGUCGCAAAUAUUAAACCAAAUAACCGCGUUGUCAUUUCCGCUAUGAUUGCAUGUGGACAAUGUGAGUAUUGUCAAAAAAAAUUGUUUAGUUGUUGCGACGUCACCAAUCCAAGUAAAGAGAUGGAUGAAUUAUCCGGUUAUCGUACCUGUGGGAUGUUUGGAUAUUCCCAUUUGACUGGCGGAUAUGAUGGAAUUCAAGCUGAAUACGUUCGGGUUCCUUAUGCUGAUGUCAACCUUCUUCAAGUUUCGGAAGAAGAUUAUCAAACUUUAGGGGAAAAAUUGGUCUUAUUAUCGGAUGUUGCAUGUACUGGUUGGCAUGCCAACGAAUUAGGCGAAGUGUCUAAAGGUGAUAUUGUUGGAAUUUGGGGAUGUGGACCAAUUGGCUUAAGCGCAAUCGCAUGGGCGAAAUUUCGUGGCGCGUCGCGUAUAAUCGCGAUCGACUGUGUUCCGCAACGUUUAGCAAAGGCACAUGAUUUUGGAGCCGAAACAAUUAAUUUCAAAGAGCAUAAAGAUAUAGUCGCUAAAAUGAAGUUGAUUGUUCCCGGUGGACUGGACGUUGCAAUCGAGUGCGCAGGAUUUCGUUAUACCAAAACUCUUAAACAACUGGUAGAAAAAACACUCUUGGCUGAGACUGAUAGUACUGACGCAUUAGAUGAAGCAAUUCGUUGUGUUAAAAAAGGUAAGCUCGAGAGCGGUAACUUUGAACGUAUAAGGUUAAUAAUUGCUAACGUUCCCCGUGUUGUUGCAGGUGGACGAAUUUCUAUCGUUGGAGUAUUUGUCGGGAAGGUCAACAAUUUUCCGAUUGGUGCGGUUAUGGAAAAGUCACUCACUUUGCGAAGCGGUCUAGUUCAAGUGCAAAAAUAUUGGGUUCAACUUUUAUCAAUCAUGAAAAUCAAUAAAGUGAACAUGAAUAUCUUUACUCAUCACGGGAAUUUGGAAGAUGCCGGAAAAUUUUAUAAAAUGUUUGAUCAGAAAGAAAAUGGGGUAAUUAAAGUCUUCUUGCGUGUUGGCGAUCAGUGUAAAAAUCAGCACGAAAGGUAA